CAUUUUGCAGUGCAAUACCUUCAUCUGCAGGUUCCUCAGCCUUAAUCCAGUCAGGCAAGAAAAGAAGCAGCUGCUGCCCAACAUUAUUUCUUCAUGGGAAAACACCAAAUGAGUCGGGGCACCCAGGCAGGGCUGGGUGAGACUGACAGUGAGACUGGGGCAGGAUGGCAGCAGAGGAGUGGUUAGAGAGUCACAUCUGAGACCUUGGGGAUCCCUGGCUGGGUUAACUUUGCUCACAGUAUUCCUCAGACUUCUGAAAACAGAGGAAAUCAGCAAAUGAGUGGUGAUGGAUGUGAGGGUGGUCUACUGCCUGCUCCUUUGGGCUGCACACUUCUUCCUGGCUGUGCCACACACCACUCCCAGGGUAAGUUUCACUAGACCAGGCUUCUCAAAUCCCCAUCAAGUGAUCUUGAACACUUCCAGGGAUGGGUCAGCCACAGCCUGUCAGGACAGCCUGUUCCAGUGUCUCACCAGCCUCAUCAUAAACAACUUCCUCAUAUGAGAUCUGAGCAUGAGCUCAGAGUGUCACUUCCAUAGCAGGGUCCAUCUGAAGGCUUCAUUUAUAGAGGCAGACUUUAGGUGGAGAGUUCUCACUUGGUCUGUAUGAACAAAGGGCCACAAGCUCUGCAUUCUGGACCUCAAAAGGAUAUUUGCCUGUUGAAACCCUUUCUGGUUUGUGCCAAGGAGUCAUCUUUUACUUAUUUAUGUGAACAUUCACUCUAUGUUCCACUUCUUAUUUUUCAGGUUCUCAGUAAUGAAUCAAAGACUGGUUAUGAGCAAGAUGCCUGUAUAAAUCUCAUUCCCUGCCAAGAUAAUGGAGCAAUUUGUAUUCAGCCUUGCUCUCCCUCCUUCCAUGGGGAGACAAGCUUUGUCUGUGAGGACAGAAAGUGGCAGAUGCUGUCAGAUGCUUGUGCAAGCCUGGAUGUUCAGUCCCUUUUUCAGAGGAUAUCCCAAAGUGAACUCCCAUGCUCUGGAGGACAUGGUGGUGGUGCUGGAGAGCAUCUUCCUUUUGUAGGAGGAGGAAAGCUAGGGCCUGGGAAGCCUGGAGAUGGAGCAAAACAUUUUGGUGCUGGGAAUCAUAGCUGCCAAGCUGAUUUUUCAUGCAUCAUCCCAGAUAUCCUGUCUUCACCAGCCAUCCCAGGAAACAUUGCUGAUAUAGUGGAAUUGCUAAAGAAGAUUUCCCUGCUGCUAUCAGAGAAUGUCACUAGAGGAAAAAUGCAGAGCUACAGCAGGAUAGCAAACCAUAUUCUAAACAGCUCCAUCAUUUCCAACUGGGCUUUUGUAAAGGACAGAAAUGCUGGUUCAAUAUUACUGGACUCGGUGAAUUUAUUUGCUGGGAAACUUCUUCUAAGAAAUGGGUCAGAAAGUAUCCAGGAGCCGUUCAUCGCUACCAAAGGCUACAGCAUACACAGAAACACUUCAGGAAAGAGCUUUGACUUUUCCAUGGAGUUCAACAGCACAGGCAAUAUUACUGGGCACGUGGUGAUUCCAGAGGAAGAGCUGCUGAGGUUACCCAGGGCUUCCAAAGCCAUCAGCGUUGCGUUUCCAACGCUCGGAGUCAUCCUGGAGACCAACCGGCCAGACCCCGCCGUUGUGAACGGGAUGGUGCUGUCGGUGUUGCUGCCAGAGGAGCUCCAGAACAUUUUGCUCACCUUUGAGAAGCUGAACAAGCUGGAGCAGGUGGGGGCUCAGUGCGUGGGGUGGCACUCGGCCGAGCGGCGCUGGGACCCCCGGGCGUGCGCGGUGCGCGUGCACAACAUCAGCGCCGUGGUUUGCGUCUGUGCCCACCGGCGCCGCACCUACAGAGCCUUCUCCAUCCUGAUGGCCCCGGCCGUGCCUCGGAGCUCCCUGCUGGACUACAUCACACGGGUGGGCCUGGGCCUGUCCAUUCUCAGCCUGGUCCUCUGCCUCGCCGUCGAGGCCGUGGUCUGGCAGCACGUCACCAAAACUGAAAUCACCUACAUGCGCCACUUCUGCUUGGUCAACAUCGCUGCCUCGCUUCUCGUCGCUGAUGUCCUGUUCAUCCUGGCAGCCAUUGUGCACAAUGCAGCCCUAAACUACCAGCUGUGUGUGGCAGCCACUUUUUUCCUUCACUUUUUCUAUCUUGCCCUGUUUUUUUGGAUGUUCACCCUGGGCCUCUUAAUUCUCUAUGGAUUAUUAUUAAUUUUUUUUAAGAUAACAAGAUCUGUAUUCUUAGCUGCAGCAUUCUCUAUUGGAUAUGGAUGUCCCUUGGUCAUAUCUAUCCUCACUGUUGCUAUUACUGAACCAAAAAAUGGGUAUUUAAGGAGUGGAGCUUGCUGGCUCAAUUGGUAUGAGACAAAAGCCCUUUUGGCUUUUGUUGUACCUGCCCUGAGCAUCAUUGUGAUGAAUCUCAUUGUGGUGAUUGUGGUUGUGGUAAAGACUGGGAGAUCCUCCAUUGGAGAAGGCUGCAAGUCACAAGAUUUGAGCAGCAUGAUCCGAGUCAGCAAAAACGUUGCCCUUCUGACACCUCUGCUGGGCCUCACCUGGGGCUUUGGGUUAGCCACAAUCAUCGACAGCCGCUCUCUGGCCUUCCACGUCGUGUUUGCACUGCUGAACGCCUUCCAGGGAUUCUUCAUCCUGUUGUUUGGGACACUUCUGGACAGAAAGACAAGAGAAGCCUUAAGGAUGAACUGCUUUUCAUCAAGGCGGAAGUGGGGUCUAGAAAAGUCCUAGCAGUGGGCUCUUGUCUUCAGUGGAUUUGAGCAGCGAGAAGAAAAGGAGCACUUCUGGCAGAGAUGCUGGUUUGAGGGGAGCUGAGGAGCCCGACCAGCUCAGAGCAUGGACAGCCCUGUCUGUCUGGGAGCACAACCACAGGAAGCAUCAUGAAAACCAGAAGAGAAAGUCCCUGAACCUGCUGUCAGGAGCAGGAAAUCAUCAGUGUUCCUGCAGCCCUUGGAGGAAACAUGCUGAAACACAAAGCUUGUUUCUCACCUUUGUGAAAACUGCUGUGAGGAGAGUUUGUCCUCCUUUGUUUGCCAUUUCAGUGCUUCAAUUCUUCCUUUUUUUUUUUUUUUUGUUUGUUUGUUUGUUUGGCAGUGCAAUAAGGAGCUGUACAAUAUGUGGAGCUGUUCUAAAAUUAUUUAAUUUUUCAUGUGAUGUACAAAUGUUGAGCAUUAUCUAGCUGAUUUUGGUUGUCUUUUGGGCAAAGCUGAUUCUAUUUGUUGCGACUGUAUUCAUCAUUUCCAUUUGUCCUCCCAGAUUGAUGGACAAUUCUGUUUCUGCAUUGCAGAAACAUUGUUCUCUCCAUCUCAGUACUUGUACUUUUGUGUCAGAGGAAUUGUACAAAGCCCUUUUCUGAUCUGUAAGGACAGAAUUUUCAUUCUCUUUCCUGUCCUGCAGGACAGUGACAGAGGUGAACAAGAAAGAGGACCCUGCAAAUCAUCAGUUUCCCCCUUUAGAUGUGGAAAAGCAAGAAGAGCUGAAUCAAAUGGAUGGAGAUCUCCUGUGCAAUGUCCUAACAAAGGAGAUUAUUUCUCCAAGUGAGAUGGGGUGUCUGGUUUAAUUAGAAAAUCUGUCCUUGUUCAGAGAAACCCUUUCUUAUGAAGGCCUUGAUAGAAGCAUUAUUGACUCCUGUUAGGAUAAAUCGAUGGUUUCAAAUGAAAAUAAAGUUGAAAUUUUGUCAUUGUUUCUAACAAGUGGUACUUAUCCUUCUCUACCAAAAAUGUGGAUAAAUGCCCUGUAGUAUUACCUCAAGUCAGAAAUCACUUAAACCCACAUGAUUUCACAUACAUUUGAAAUAUGGAAGAUUUAAGCAAAAUAACAGUUUAAUGUCAUCAACAAGCCUCUACUGAAGAGGGAGAAAAA